GAUUUCAAAAUUUUUUUUAAUUAUUAUUUCACUUCAUCUGAUCUGAAAUUCGAUUUAAAAAAAAAAUCAAUCAUAUGCAGUCGCAUCGGAACUCGCCGAUUAUGGGUGGGUUUGCAUCCCAGCUACCAAUUCAAAGCAGCUCUGAAAUCUUUCACCGAGAGGGGAGAGAGCGCAUGACGAUGAUGGCGAUGCAAGAAAGCAUUGUCGUAUUCACCAUCCUUCUCCUUAUGUUGCUCCUUAUCAUCAUCCUCAUCCUUUUCGCCUUCAAACCAUGGUGCUUCUUCUUCUCGUUCUCCUCUCGCCCUUGCACCAUCAAGCAAGCAACAGGUUCGCAUUGCAAUGCAAGAUGCCAGCACAACUAUAUCAAAGUUUAUUCUGCAGGGUCUGGAAAUUACCAAUGGAGAAGACAAAUAUGAAAUUGUUUUGGGGAUGAAGGAACUAGCUAGCAGAGGAAUGGCUGCUGAGAAUGUGGAGGAAAUUAAUGCAUUGGACCCAAACUUCUUUGUGCAAAAUCCUGUUUUGCUGUUCCAACUCUAGCAGGUCAAUUGAUUUUACACUGGUGGAGGCUUCAUUAAUUAAAAAUUCAGGGUAAAAAUUUCUGUUUAAAUUGCCCACGCAAAGAAUGUUAUUUUCGCUGUUAUGGUUGUUUUAGGUUGAAUUUCAAUUUUGUUGCAAACACUUACGAGUAAGUAUCCAAAACUCUGAAGUUGAAAGAAUAUGAAUAUUAAGUUUAAAAUCGGAAUAUCCAAUUUAGUUUUAAGCAUCUUUUACUUGAUAAUUUUGUUUAAUUUAUUUUUCUUUGUUGAUAAGUUCAUUGACAUUUGAAGGAGUUUGGAGAUUGUUAGAGAAAUAGUUUGGGUUCAUUGUCAUUCCUCAAGAAAUGCCUGUUAAAGGCACUCUUUUAUUUUUUUAGGUUUUUUUUUUCCUUGGUAUUGCUUCUAUGUUACAUUUUUUUUUUUCUUGAUGAGAUUGUUUUGCUUAUUUAGCUUUCAUGCAAAUUUUGGGUCUUUUUUUGUAGAAAGGAAUAAAGUUAUUAACUAUCUAAUUAAUUCCAAAUACAACUGCAACUUAGAAAUUUUCUCAAUUGCAAAAAUAAUGUUAUUUACUUUGGGAUUCCACAGCGUGUUAUUUUUGCUAAUGAGUAUUGGCUUAUUCGAAAUUGGAGAAAUCGCUCUAUUUUUUAAAAUGGCUGUAAAUGGCUUAGCAAUGAUGCUUUACUUAUCAUUGAAAAAGCUAAAGAAUUAUUGUUGGCUUUAAAGAGUAAUGAUCUUUGCCACAAGAUAUUCUUAAUGGUUGGUAAUCACUUUCACAUAACCAUGUUAA